GAUCAAUUAGCAAAUCUGGGCAGAGAUAAAGAAGAUCUGACUGACCAAAUUAACAAGUUGGCAGCGCAGCUCAAGGAAAGCCAGCAAACACUCUACCAGUAUGAAAACAACUUUCAGUUUGUGCGACAGCAGAUACAGCAGUAUCAGGAACAGAUCAGGCAGCAGAAUUUGCAACUGGCUCAAGCUCAACAGGGGGGACAGCCCCAACAGCAGGGGGGACAACCCCAACAACAGGGGGGACAACCCCAACAACAGGGGGGACAACCCCAACAACAGGGGACUACUUCAGCAGAACCAGGCUGUUGUGCAACAACCACAACUUAAUCAGGUAGCAGGACAACAAGUCCAGCAAAGUCUUCAAUUUCAACCAGUCCAGGGCCUGCAACCCAAGCAAAGUCAAGGAUUCGUUAUGGGGAAUGUUAAUAACCCUUUGGUCGGUGAUAAUCAGCAUCUAGGAGGCGACAAUUUGCCUGCUCAGCAUAAUCAGGGUGUACAGGAAAUGCAGCAACAGAAUAUUGAAGGUGAUAAAAAAAUAUCAGAUAAUUUAAUGGAACAGCAACAACAACAACAUCAAGUGCAAGCCCCCAACCUGAAUGCGGGUGCAGGAGAUAAGAAUCAAUACGGACAACUGAAGAAGAUAGGGGUUGAUACCAGUCGGAUAAAGAUCAAACAGGAUGUAAACGAUAACGCUGCUCUGGACGCAGAACAACAACAACAUCAGGUGGCUCCCCCUGGGGACCAUGUCAAGAUAGAAAAGCCAGAUUCCAAUAUGGCUGGCGAAAUGGAUAAAAAUCCUUUUGGAGAUAAAAAUGGACAAAACAAGAAACAUGACUCCAACCAGGCUGGGGAAAUGGAGCCGGACCCGAAGGGUGAUAAUCACGUUGGACCCGCUCCUCCAGCUAAUGACAACGUUGAUCCACCCAUUGUAGCGGACAAUCCCCAGCAAAAUAUUCCACCUCCCCGAGAGAAUGAUCCAUUUGUUGGCCAGGACAAUGAAGGCUUAGAUCACUGGAACGGGGUCAAUCCAUUGGUGGAUGAUCGAUUUCAGGAUAAUGCAGACGAGGAUGAAAAAAAGGCCUUAGAUGAAGAGGAUGGAAAAGAUGAAGACAACAAGGACGAGGAUUAUGAGGAUGACUACAAUGACAAGGGAGAGGACAAGGAAGAUGAACCAGCGAACAGAGAGGACAAUGCUCCGGACCCAUUCGCCAACAAGCCUCAGAUGCCCUUCGGCAACAACCAGUGAUACCCAGAAAUUACCGGACCACCAGGGAGGAAUUGACACUUGGCAAAACUUCAUGAAGAUCAGAAACACCACAAUACAUAAUCUUCAUAACUCACCAGUAUCUUUAGGUCAAAAUGUUUGUUCCAAAAUAAGAAAAAAAUGUUUAAUUUCUGACAUUAAUGUGUUGCUGGUCAAAAUGGUGCCAUAUAUUUCCUGGUCUGAUACAAUAGAUUUAUCAACCAUCAUUAGCAAAAAUAUCAUCAGUUUUCAGUACUUAUCUGCUGAACCCAGAAUAUUCUAUAAUUCUGUUUCUAUUUGAAAGCGAUACCGUUAUAUGUAAAUUAUGUUUUAUGGAACUAUGUGUGUAUGCUAGUAUCAAAGUCAUUUCUUAUUCCAAUGUUCAUGCAAUCAACGAAGAGAAAAAAUAUAAAUGAUACACAAUUGUACCAGUAAGUAAAGCUAAUGUACUGCCCUUGUCUCAUGCAAUCUGAUAGGUCCGAGAUAAUGCGAGAUUGUGAUAUUUAAACGUUGAGAAAACAGCUCUAUAGAG